AUGUACGGUGCGGUGUAUGAAUUUGAAGAGGUGUUGAAGCAGCUGGCGGGUAAGAGGGAGCAUGAGAAGCAGGUGCUCGUCAAGGCCCAGCAGGGCAACAACAGCUUCAGCCGCAAGACGGAGGAGAAGCUCAACACCAAGAUGGAGCAGAUCAAGGAGAACCGCAACGCGCACCUCAACGCACUCAAACAACGCCUACGCCAGAAGGAGCUUCAUGCCGCCGAGGUCCGCAAGAACAAGGAGCAGAACUCAGACCUGUCUGGUUAAACAGCCACUCUGGAGUCCACCCGUCUCUCAUCUGUCCAAUUUUUUUGUUUUUGUUUUUCUUUGUUCUGUUUGAGGAUAUGCUGCUUCGAAAGCCACUCUGUCUUAAAAAGGUCAUCCGCGAUUCCAACUCAGCUGUAGUUAUUCUGCACAUCAUCAUCACACAAUAACAUCAUAUCAGAAAUCACUGACAUGACAUGUCCUUCACACACACACACACAAGUCUGUAGCCCACACGCGCGCGCCAGCUUCUUCUGCACCAGUUCAAUACAGUACAAGGAAGGAAGAUGAAAAUGAACACAGUUGUGUAACAGUAUUCACACUCAGAUCUCAUCAACCCACCAAGUAAAUUACACAGUGUUUGGAAACGAUCCUGUUGACUGAAAUCUUACAAUAAACCACAACAGUAUGACAUGCAGGUAUAUUGCACACUCACACAAAAACACCGUACACCACAGUAAUGCACAGCAGCGUGCUGUCAACUAUACAACUAUAGUAAUAAGAUUCAUUUGGUAUGUAUUGCUUUAAGAUUGUGUUAGCUUGUUUUGUUUGAUUUGUAUUGCAAUUCCUUUACGUCACAGACAAGAUUACAAGCACCCGAUGUGUUAUCUGUGUGACAAGUGCCAGACCUGUUUAUAUCAAGGAAUCACACAGGCAUUUAUUCCAAAAAAAUGAAAACAUGGUGCAUUUUCUUUGGAAAAGAAGAUUGAUUUUAACAUUCUGACUUCCAAGAGAUGUGCCAAUCAACAGUCAUAUCCGAUAUUUUAAAAAUAUAAUGUUGGUGCUUUUAACAUAUACUUGUUACUGAGGGCUGGCUAUUCUCCUUGAAAAAAAAGACCAUAUGUCCAAGUAACACACCUGUCCUGUGCCAAUACAUAACAAUAACAAUGCCAACCUGCAGACUGUUGCUGGGCAAGCAAUCAGAAUGUAACUAACACGAGACACGUGUGUCAGAACACGCAUUUUACAAAUUGUCACUUUGAACACAGUGUUCUUGUCAAUGUCCACCGGCUGCUUUUCUGAAAUUGAGGUUGAUGUAUGAUAAUGAUAAUAAUAAUAAUAAAAAAUGGUUGUAAUGUAUAUACCUA